CCUGAGCGACGCAACAGAGGCUAGCUAGCCUCAAAGAUAGCUGGUGGCUGGACAUCAAAGUGUAAUGGCAAUGACGUAAUCAAAUCAAAUACAUGUAACGCGGUUCUGACUUGGGAACGUCCGUGCGUCUAUGGCGACCGUUGGCGGCGGCGGCUCGGCGUCAAACCAUGACGUCCAAGAGUCCAGCUCGGCUCAGAGUGGAGCUCGGGUGGCGCUCUCCAAUGCCGCGACCGCCGCUCUCGGCCCGUCCGCUUCUCCGCCGGUGCUCGCCGUUCACCGGGAGCCCGGCGUAUACAACUGGCAGGCGACGAAGAGCUCCCUGAAGGAGCGCUUGUCUUACCUCCUCAACAAUGAACUGCUUAGCGACGUCAGGUUUGUCGUGGGGAAAGACGGACAAACGCAGAGGAUCCCGGCCCAUAAAUUCGUCUUGUCCGCUGGCAGCGGCGUUUUCGAUGCCAUGUUCAACGGGGGGAUGGCGACCACCACGGCCGAGAUAGAGCUUCCUGACACCGACCCAACAGCUUUUCUGUCGUUGCUCAGGUUCUUGUAUUCGGAUGAUGUUCACAUCGGUCCAGGAACUGUGAUGUCCACUCUGAACAUAGCCAAGAAAUACGCUGUCCCCGCUCUGGCCACUCACUGUGUGGAGUUUGUCAGCAAGCACCUGAAAGCAGACAACGCAUUCAUGUUCCUCACGCAGGCAAGGUUAUUUGAUGACCCUCAGAUUUCCAGCCUCUGUUUAGACACCAUAGACAAAAGCACUGCAGAGGCAGUAAAUACAGAUGGGUUCACUGGUAUUGACCUUGACACUCUCUGCGCAGUUCUCGAAAGAGACACGUUGAACAUCAGGGAGAAUCGUCUCUUUGAGGCUGUGGUACACUGGGCCGAAGCCGAGUGCAGCAGACAACAGCUUCCGGCCACCUCGGAGAACAAACAGAAGGUACUUGGAAAAGCCCUACCGCUCAUCCGCUUCCCGCUCAUGAGUGUGGAGAGGUUUCCUACAGCAAACCCCAAACCGCGGCCCAGCAACAAUGACAGGCCCCGCUGCUGCCUCCGUGGAGAUGAAUGCAGCAUUAAUAGAUUUCAGCAUGUCGAGAGUCGAUGGGGCUACAGCGGUACCAGUGACAGAAUCAGAUUCAACGUCAGUAGACGAAUAUCCAUUGUGGGCUUUGGUCUGUACGGUUCUAUCCAUGGACAUACGGACUAUCAGGUCAACAUACAGAUAAUGGAGAGCGACAAACACCUCACUGUGGGCCAGAACGACACAGGAUUCAGUUGUGACGGCACAUCAAACACCUUCAGAGUAAUGUUCACAGAGCCUGUGGAAAUCCUUCCUAAUGUCAGCUAUACUGCAUGCGCCACCUUAAAGGGACCUGACUCCCACUAUGGCACGAAGGGGUUGAAGAAAGUCACCCAGGAGUCAGCAACAGGGACUAAGACAACAUUUGUCUUUUUCAAAUCCCCCGGAAACAAUAACGGUACCUCGGUGGAGGACGGACAGAUACCAGAAAUUAUUUACUAUACAUAGAUUGACAUCAGAAGACUUGGCAUCGCUUGAAUCGUUUUGUGCUUCGUAAUCCCGGGGAAUGAACACUGAGUGGCAGCUUGUUUAUUGCGAAAUGCACAGACACAAAGAUUGUUCCAUGCGACAGAGGUUUAAAAAAAAAGCUACUUCCUGCUUCAAUGUUAUUAGAUGUAAAUAUGUAAAUGAUGAGAAAAAGCAAAUGUUCUCCAUCUAAUAAAGACUGCAGACUUAGCUGGAGGCAAACAAGCGAAUGUUGUCCCCCCACAAGCUGCUAGUGCUCUUGUUAGUCUUGCAUGACUCAAGCUUCAGAGUCAGCCACCAGUUGUCACCAACAUCACACUUUCAGUUGUUCUGGAAAGUCGUUUGAGCAUUUAUUUCAUAUUCCUUGAUAUCCAGCUCGGGGUUGAAGGACUAGUUCGGGCUUUGUCCCCAAUAGUAGGAAUCGGCGAGUACCAAUACCAGGUAUCCGAACCGGGCCGAUAAAGGCCUUAUUUUUUUGUUAUGAAACUUUUAAUGGAAAUUUAGAGGCCUUAUUUUAAGGUAUUGGAUUCUUAUGGAGUCUGCCAAUAUCGGUCACCUUCCCAAAAAAUAGUAUACGUAACAUAAUAAUAUUCGUAACAUGUGUGCGCCGUUUUGUAAAACGCUGUGUUACUGCUGCAGCUGUUGUGAAAGCGCUAUAUAAAUCAGGGUGUAUUGUAUUGUUUAAAAUUCGGCGAGUUAGUGCUUCACAAGUAGUACCAGUCGCAGAACUGUAAAAAGUGUAUAGUUUUUCCUCUAUACAUAUGAGUAUAGUAUGAGUUGCCCGGGUGUGCGGAAAUGUCAUACAAUAGUUACUUGUACUGAAUUGGCGUAUUAGUGACAAUAAAGGGCGUACUCGUACAUUGACCUUAAAGGGUGCCUGUGGUUGUCAGAUGAAAAAAAUAAACAUGGUUCAUCAAGAAAAAGUGAAUCCAAACACAUUUUGAUUAUACUGGUUGUAUAAAGCAAUCUCAUAAUAGCUCGCGGGACAUUUCUGUCCAAGACACCGUGGCAGUUAACGCACGCAGACAUACAAACCAAUUCCAAUGAAGAUGACACGUAAAUAUAAAUUAAAAACAGUACACUGAUUUGCAAAUCAUCUUCAACCUAUAUUUAAUUGAAUAGACAACAAAAACAAGAUGUUCAAACUGACUAGGUUCAUUGUUUUGGCAAAUAAUCAUUAACUGAAUUUUAUGACUGCAAAAUGUCCCAAAAAAGCUAGGUCAUUGUAUUGUUGUAUUAUACUGUUACAUCACCUUUUAACAACAUUCAAAAAAAACGUUUUGAACCCAGCUGUUCCCAAAAUAUGCUCUUCACAUGUGGGAUGUUUCAAACAGCUCCAGUAUUUGAUGAGCAUUCAUCAACUUACUCAGUCUUUUUAGCCACGUGUCCCAGAUUUUUUGCAACGUGUUGCAGCCAUAAAAUUCAAAGUUAAUGGUUGUCUGCUGAAAACAAUGGAACAUUAAAUAUCUUGGGUUUGUAGUGCAUUUAAUUAAAUAUAGGUUGAACAUCAAUUGCAAAUGUAUUCUGCUUUUAUUAUGUUUAACAGAAUGUCCCAACGUCAUUACAAUUGGAUUGGAACUUGCUCCCUCUUGGUCUGCAGGAAGCAAAGUCGUGACGUAGGGUCGUUGAAAGGUGAGGCUGGAUCAAUAUUGUUAUUAAUAGAAUAUUGCCGUUUGGCAGUACCUGUGCGCUAUCAUGGUGGAAUGCAAAGCACGUGGACAUCUCAAUAACAAGUGAAAAAUUAAGCAUAAGCAUUGGGGCCAAACACGAAUUAGAGGUGACUCAAAUAGGACAGUGGAGAAAAAAAACACCAAUUGAGCAGUUCCUGAAUCGAGUUAUACACACACACAAACGCACAGAUAAAGCACAAAAAAAAGUACCUCAUUUACUAUCAUGAUAAAAUUGGAGGAUACAUUUUUUUGGACUGUAUGCCAUGUUUUUCAGUAAAAGUACAAUUCAGGUAGUCAUUCAUUUGUGUGGAUUCAGGGGUUAAAUGGUUAACAAAUGGCGAUUGGGGUAUGACUCCAGCCCCUAAGGACUUUAUAUGACAACAAUAACGAUCUGGCGAAUCCCUCAAUAGCAACUGUUGGGUGCAAGGUAAGGCCCCGUCAGGGCCGUUCCAAGCAUGGCACCUUGCAUUAAAAUACGCCAGGGGUAUUGCAGCCAUGCUGUUUUGGUGAAUACAAGACUAGACACUAAGAUGGCAACACCAGAUAUGCAUCAAAUUUGACAAGAUUGCUCCGUUUCCCCAUCAAUACCUUGAAUGGGGCCGUCAGAGAUGCCCUGUAAGCUGGAUAUCAAGGAUUCUGAAGAAAUGCUAAAACCGCUUUCCAUAUAUCUUUGCUGAGUUCUUUGCAAAAGGACAAUAUAUGCAAAUGUACUUAUGUCUGUUAGUAUAUGUACAUGCUACGUACUGCUUCCAUCAACUCAGCGUGUUUUGUGUAACUUUGUUACUGUUACCUGCUGUAAUACAUACAUGUUUGCUUAGCACUUCUUUGAAAUUAAAAGAACAGCUUCAUUUUGUAUUACAAACUUGAAAA